AUCACGAGAGUGGAACAGUAUUCCAGCCGACGACAGAGAAAAGAUGGGGCUGAUCUUCAGGGAUGACGGCGAGUUCUGGAUGGAGUUUACAGAUUUUAUGCGUAACUUUGAUUCGUUAGACGUAUGUAACCUGACCCCUGAUUCUCCUGUGGAGAUGCCUAAACAGUGGCACACAGCGGAGUAUCAUGAACGAUGGAUGAGAGGGUUUAAUGCCGGGGGAAGACCAAAAUAUAGGGAUUCUCAUUGGACGAACCCCCACUUCAAGGUGACCUUGUCAGACACAGACGAGGACGGCGACAAAGUGUGUAGCUUUAUUGUUCAGUUGAUGCAGAAAGACCGACGGAAAAUCAAACACAGGGGAGAGAAGCUCAUCUACAUAGGCUUCCUCCUGUAUAGGUUAUCACGUGACCACACUGUUCCCCUAAAGAGAGAAUUCUUUGAUACAAAUCAGAGCGUGGAAUCUAGCGGUCACUUUAUCAACAUGCGUCAGAGAAUCGCCCGACUGUCCCUACCCCCCGGGGAUUACAUAGUGGUACCCUGUACGUGGGACCAGAAUGAAGAGGCCGAUUUUUAUCUGAGGUUCUUUUUUGAGAACAGAAAUGCUGUUGAAGAGGUGGACGAGGCCCCGGUGAGAGAAGAGCUGCCCCUCCCCUCUACUGACAAAGACAAGGAGGAUCACUUCAAACGCUUCUUUCACUCAGUUUCAGGAGAGGACAUGGAAGUGAGUGCGUUUGAAUUACAGACAGCCUUAAAUGAAGCUUUACAGAAAGAGCCUUUACAUCAUCACCUAGGAAUACAGGCCUGUAAAUCCUUUGUAGCUUUAAUGGACGUUGAUGGAUCAGGUAAACUUGGUUUCACAGAAUUCUUGUACCUGUGGAAUUUACUUCGUAGCUGGAAGAGGUUGUUUUAUCAGUAUGAUGUCGAUGGCUCAGGCAUGCUCAACUCCUUUGAGCUCAGACGGGUUCUAGGUGCAGCAGGAUUCAAGGUAGAUAACUCCACCAUGAGGUCCCUGGUUUGGUGGUACGCGGACGAGAAAUUCUGUGUCAGUCUGGACAGCUACUUCAUCUGUCUCGCUCGACUGAUGAAACGCUUUAAUGAAUUUAGCAAGUUGAAGAAAAAUGAACAAAUUACCCUCCCUUUGUCACAGUGGUUGCAGAAAGGUGUAUCAUGAUAUUAUCAGGCCACACCCCAGGGGUAAAUGACAAUAUCAAGCUGACUGUGAUAAUGAUCCAGACUCCCAUCAUGCAAUGCAGCAAUGUCACAUGACAACCUUAUCUGAACUGAAUCCCAUGAUGCAAUGCAGCAAUUUCAUAUGAAAACUGAGUCCAUGAUGCAAUGAGUGCAAUGCUGUGACAUACGUUUCUUUGUGAAAAGAUAAUGUGCUCAGUUUUAUGAUCGAAGUUUUUGUUUCUGUUUUAGGGAAUAAACAGGGUUUACAAUGUACAUCAUUUAAAAAAUCUCAGGGUUGUGUAUUCAUUUAUUCAAUACACAAAUAUUUAUUUUAUUAUAAAGGAGUAUUUAAUGAACUUAUCUCGGCUUGUUUUAGAAUUUGUUUUUAAAAGCAAUACAUGACUUCAGACCAUUCCAAAUAUUUAAGAUUUCAUGCAUCAGAAAUCGGCAGCUAAAUCAAUUUACAGUUAAGUACUGGAAGAUAUCAUUCAAAACAUACCCCAUUUAUUUCUUUUGAAGUUUAAACAGUUUUCUUCUAAUUGUUUCAGAAUGCAGUUUAAUUCCUGCACAUUUAAUUUACAUGACUUUGUGUUUGUUGAUAUUUUUAUGUGAUAUUCUAAUAUUAUUCCAUCUUUACAUUUCAUUGUUGUAUUACUGUAUCAGUGUUAUGAAGAUCUGUAUUUUGUUGUUUCAUGCUCUACAUGUAUUUAUUUCUAAUAAGAUCUUU